AUGGGAAAGAAUAAUAGAAAUAAAAAUAAGUCGGGUAGUAAUAAGAAUCAGCAACCAAAUAAUGUCGCUACCCACGCACAAUCCCAGCCAUCUAAACAACAGCAACAACAACCACAAGCGAUCUUUAAACGACCUACACUGACGCUGCAGAAACGCAAUGAGCUCAGCUCACUAAUCGGUGCACUGCUCGAAAUCGGGUUCAAACAGCCCACUAAUGCAAAUGAAGAAUGGGAUCAAUAUGUCGAAAUUCAAGAACUGUUGCACCGUGUUCAAGUACUUGAGGCACCGCUGCGACGCCCCACCUCCAACACAACCAUCGAGUCACGGCUGGCCGACAUUGACAAUUUCUAUCGUUGGGCCACAGAAAAUGGUUUGAGUUACGAAGGCGUACGUAUAGCACAUUUUGCAGGUUACGAAUUGGGUUUAGAAGCAACGCGUGACGUAGUCGAAAAUGAUUUGCUGUUUAAAAUACCACGCAAGUUGAUGCUCUCGGAGGAGAAUAUGGAUUUGGAAAGUAGUCCAGCACAAUUUGGUUCAAUGUCCAAUUUAAAAUUGUCUUAUGUGCUAAUGCUAGAAGCUUUAAAACCUGACAGUUUUUGGAAGCCUUACCUGAAUUUGCUGCCGGAAAAAUAUAAUACAGUACUCUAUUUUAAUGCCAAAGAAAUGGAGAUGCUACGCGGCUCCAAUGCGCUAUCCGCGGCGUUGCGUCAAUGCAAAGCGAUUGCGCGUCAAUAUGCGUUUCUCUACAAUUGCACCGUGCAAGCUCCACGUGCAGACAAAUUCAAUCCCAUAGGACAGGCGUUCAAGGAGCAGUUCAGCUAUGACUUGUAUCGGUGA